GAAGAAGAAGAAGAAGAAGAAGAAGGGGAAGAAGGGGAAGAAGGGGAAGAAGGGGAAGAAGGAGGGGAUAGGUAUUCUUGAUUUUUCUGGAGGAUUGCCAGCGGGGGGUGGUGGAGGUGGUGGUGGCUUGUUUUUUCUUUCUUCGUGGUGGGGACCAAGUGAGGCGGGGGUUCGGUUUGUGCGGUUGUGUGUCUUCGAAGGUAGCAGGCAACAGAAGGCAAAGGCAAAGGCGAGAAACGGGGGAGGGAAAGCAAGAAACACAUUCUGGACGGCGGCGCACCGGGAACGCAUGGGUGAUGGAGAACAGGGAAACCAGGUUGGCCAGCAGCGGUAGCAGCACUCGCAGCAUCGACAGCAGAAGCAGCCGGGUCAAGGAGCUGUUGGGUCGCGGAAGAGUGGCCAGCGGAGGCAGUGGGCCAGCUGGAGCAGUUGGAGGCCUAGGGAACACGAAUAGCACCAAUCUGCCCCAACGAACAACUGCGACAUUAUUAUCAUCAUCAUCAUCAUCAUCAUCAGCCACUGGUAACCCUUCGCCGUUAACCACCAGCGCCGGCUUCCCUCCGGCUUCACCUCGCACUGCUGCCGCCGCCGCUGCGUCCAGUGCCGACUCCAAUUUCACGAGCAAUCAUCUCCAUAGUCACGGUCAUCCGGGCCGGAAACUAGCCAGUGCAACGUCUGGAGCUGGCUCAUCUGUAAGGACAGGAAUACCGGCCUCCACGACAGCAUCGCGAUCGCGGGCUGCAACUCUAUCGUCCACUCCAAAGUCAGCAGCACCCCCUCCUCACACUCCUCUUCCUCCCCCUCUUCCCUCCACUCCUCUCGCUCGGCCUGCCUCCAUUUGUAUCGUACCACGUCCCCCGCCCGCGCCCACUCCGUACCGGCACCGAAGAACAUCCUCCUCGUCGUCGGUUACCAGUAGCUCCUCGCGUCGAGUCGCUGUCCCUCUCCAGCUCCAACUCCAGUUGCAGCGGCCGCAGUUGAAUCGCUCGGCCACUGUCCCUUCGCGACACAACAUUGUGACUGCCGUGCACGUCGAUAGCAAGGAAGACAGCAGAGUCAGCAUCGGCAAUACCAUCAUCCCCACAACCACCACCACCACCAGCAACAGCAACAGCAUCAGUGGCGCUACCAGAACCGAAAAGCGCUUGAGCGGAAGAGCGAACGGUAACAACAGCAGCAGUAAUAAUAAUAGCACCGUCCCGACAUCCUCGACCGGACUGACCCCCACCAACGCCGUCGCCAGCGCCAACGCCGUUUCUUCUGCGCUUGCAGCCACCUCUAGCAAGCCCGCACGACACCCUCCACCGCAUCAACCACAUCGACCACAACCAUCCCGGAACAGUCGUCACACAACGCCUGCCACCACCACCACUCCCACUCCUACCACUACUACUUCUUCCGUCACUCACCCGCCGUCCGAGCCCACCCCCGUACCCUUACAUCCCAUCACCUCCCCGAAAUCUGCUGCACCCCAAUCACUCCUUCCGACUCCAAAAAAUACUAUUGCCACACCUGCCGCUGCCUCCGGCUCCGAUAACCACAGAGAUAAUCGCUUCAAUUUCCACAACAAUAAUACCAACACCAAUACCACCCCCAACUCCCGACCUUCAAGCUCGUUCGCGUCCACUCGAUCGCACUCGCCGACUCCUCCGAAAAAACGCGCUCCUGCCCGCUUCAGUAGUAAUGGUGUAGAGACCAGCGCUGGACCUCCGCCAUCUUUAGCUUUCAGAAAACGAUUCACAAUGGACAACCGAGGCCACUACACUGUGCCCUCGACGCCCAGUCGGGCCUACAAUAGGGACCAGGGCAGCAGCAGUGCCAGUAGCAACACGAUAUCGGCCCGGACACCAUCGAGGACCGGAACCGCUCAGGGGCACAGGGACAUCUCGAGAACUACCUCCGCGAUGAAGCGAAGACAGAGCUUCAGCAGCUUUGACGACGAAGAGGAAGACGAAGACGACGAUGAAUACGGCGAGAAGGAUAGAACCAUCAGGGGUCUGGAGGAUUUACGGGAUGCGCAUGCGCCCGUAGUUCAGAAUACUGAGGAUGUGUUUUUAAAAUUGGCGCGAUCGAACUCUACCAGCAGCAGAGCGGCAGACAGGCUGGAAAGAAGACGAGCACGACUCUCCCAAUACCGUAAUUCUAUGCCCGCCGAUGUGACACAGUCUUCUCCCGCACACCGUCGCGAAACCGCCGAUUUCAAUUCCUCGCCUCCUCAAGUCGAUGAAGAAGUGUGGCGACGCGCACGACACAUGUCUUCGCCUCCACCUGGCGACUACCGGGCGCGCAGGAUGUCGCAGACUUCCGACCACGAGGAACGGCCCUCGAUCACUCCACGGCCCACCUUCAAUGCGCCUCGUCCUCAGAGCGUUCUUCGUCGCGACAAUUCGCAUGGCCAUGCGAGAAGCUUUUCGGUGGUUGAGUCGAGCCCUCGGACAAGCUUCAACAGCAGGCCGCUAACUCGUCUGGGCGCAUCUCCACUCAUCGAUGAUAAGCUAGCACCGCCACAGGUGGACGAGCGCGAAUAUGCCGCAUCCAUCGCCGGAGUUGGUAGUGGAGGUCGAUCCGCCGACUCGGCGUCCACCGCCUCGACGACCGCUGCAUCUUCGGUCUGGGACGAAUUGGACGACCUGAAAUCGCGAAUCCGUCGGCUGGAGGUCACCGGGCGCAUGCCCGCAUCCGGGGCCGGAAACGCGUCCAACUCGUCGGGCGACCGCCCCAGAACGGCGACUACAACAGUCACCACGGUGUCUUCGUCGCCUCGGACUAAUGCUGCGGCUGGAAUCUCUCCCAUAAAUUCCACUUUUGGUGGUAGCAAUCCGUCCAGUACAAACAACACCACUACUUCUCAUCCUCUUUUGCACACCGCAUUGGCGAAGUCGAAGGCGGUGAUGCCGCCUGACGUUUACAGGCACCUCGAACUAGCUGCGAAGGACGCGCUAGACAUGGCGAACACCGUUGGUGCGCCCGGCUCGGGUGCGCCCACAGUCGCCGGUGUCGAUCGGAAUGUGCGGCGAAAGGCCGAUAGCGUGUGCAGGAGCCUUACGGAAUUGUGUCUCGCCCUGUCGGAAAACCGGCAUACCAUUGCGCCUCCCCCGCAGAUUCCAUUCAUACAGGCGCAAUUCGUCCAGACGAGGCCCGCUAGUCGUGGCGUGGGGGCCGAAAGCGUCUAUGGUGGCCGUAACCGAGAUUCGUUCGACGGUCGCGAGAGCGUGCUUAGCCAACGCCUUCCAUCCCGGACGAUCGGACGGUUUGCCGAACGCAAAGGCAGUCUAGCCUCACUCAACGUUUCUGCGGGCUACAGCCCAAGAAGUGAUCCGGCACCAUCGCCCGGUAUAAGGCAUCGCAGCUCAUUGAUGUUGAAGGAGGGUUUCUCGGAAAGCGAUCGCUUCAGGGCCCCAUCUCGGGCCGGUACGGAGAUGGGUGGCCUGCAGCGUGUUCCCAGCAAUCGGCACUCGAUGCCCCGAGAAUACACCACGAACGAUGUGCAGUCGACGCUGGCGCCGCGGAGGAGCUCCAUGGUACCCAGCAUCCAGUCGUCGCCGCUCGCGUCCAGCAAGCGGUUCCUGUCGAGCCUGGGUGACAGCGCAUCGAGGUCCCAGGAAUUCACCAUGACCGGUGGCCCCAUCAACGAGCGCCUGGCCAGCGCGAUGAACUCGCAAGAUCCCGAGUCAUCCGUCGCCCGGUUCAGGAACGGUACCUUGAACCGCGCACCCAGCAACAGGAGACUUGCUGCCCGCCCGUUGCGCGAGGGCGGCAUGGAAAUCGACCGAACCAUUGCCAUUCGACGUGCCGAAGCUGCGACGGAACGCCUUCUGAGGCGAUGAUUUUUUUUUCUUCAUGUAUGCAUUACGGUCACGGUUGACCCUUACCUUACGGCUAUGAGAGGAGUAGAAGGGGUUUGUUUUGUUUGUUUUUUCUUUCUUUCUUUUUUCUUGUUUCCCUAUCUUUUUUUUGAUCUAUUUUUUUUUGACUUGGGGAAUGGCGCAAUCACUGUAUUUUUGGGUGGUCUCUGGGUCGCUUGCUUGCUGUUGGUUUUUUUGUUUUUUUCGUUUCCUUUUUCUUGCUGAACGGAGUUUUAAAAGGAAAGUUUUUCUUGUAUUUUUGGUUCGAUUCUGUCUGUCUGUGUGGGGGGUAUUCCUGUUUGUUGUUUCGGGCCGGCCGCGAUCUGAAUCGGGAGGAGGGU